UAAUAUCGGACCUGCUUUACUCCAAUAACGAAUUUUGCCUCGAGCUUUUUAAAGAAAGCUUUAAAAAGCUUCACUCAAACUGAAAACGAAAAUAAACCAUAAAACACACACAAUACAACUGUCAAAUAUUAAAAACAUAUGAAUCGAGUAUCAGUCAAGUGUGUCUAAGGCGCAUCCAAGAAUUAUCUAACGUUUGCAGUUAAAAAAUAUAAAGUUUAUCAAUAGAUUUUAGUUUUUAGCAAUAAUUUGAGUAGAUCGGUUGGAUUGUGCUUUUUGCAAUCGUAUCAAGUUUAAGUUAUGAAAGAAUGGCUAAAAAUUUCUUGUUUACUGUGUGUUUUUGGGUUUAUAAGAGAAUUGCGUCCGUCCGAGCCAUACAUAACAGAAUUUUUAUUGGGAGAAUGGCGUAACGUAACACAAGAUCAGGUAAACCGUGAAGUUUAUCCUGUGGGUACUUAUUCCUAUCUAGCACAACAGGUUAUUGUGUUUCUUAUUACUGAUUUUUUGAGAUAUAAACCACUAAUUAUAACAAUUGGCGUCACCGGUAUUAUAAUAUGGAGUAUGCUUAUUUGGACAACCUCAUUGGAGGCACUACAAAUAUUAGAAUUUUUCUACGGUACUUAUAUGGCAUCGGAAGUAGCUUAUUACACUUAUAUAUAUGCAAAAGUAGACAAAAAGUACUAUCCACGCGUAACCUCCCAUACAAGAGCUGCAAUGUUUGCGGGAAAGUUGGUAGCUGGUAUAUCUGCACAACUUUUAAUUAACUUCGAAUUAAUGAACUACAAAGAACUUAACUACAUAACACUUGCAACUCAAAUAAUUGCUACAGUUUGGGCUUUCGGGUUGCCGAAAGUGGAAAGAAGUUUAUACUUUCACCGUAAGGAAGAGAAAAUUGAAGACAAAAUUAAAUCUGUUACAGACAAUUAUGAUAAUUACAGUAACAGCAUCGAUAGCAGGGAAUUGGAGGACACGAAAUCGCAAGGAAGCAAUAUCAGCGAAAGGCAGAGUUUAAUAUCACCAACACGGUUACUGUGGCAGCAUUUUUAUAAUGCCUAUACAAAUAUAAAAGUUUUGCAGUGGAGUUUGUGGUACGCGAUGGGAUUUUGCGGUUAUUUUCAAGUUAUAUCCUACGUACAGGUUUUGUGGAAAGAUAUAGAACCUGAACCUUCGAUUGCUUGGAAUGGUGCGGUAGAUGCAGUUUUAACAGCAUUCGCAGCACUAACAGCUUUAGCUGCAGGAUAUAUACAUGCCGGCCGUUUUAAGCCCCGUGCAAGUCUUCUGCUGCUAGCGUUAUUAUCUGCAUUGGAAGGUGGCGCCAUAUUAAUGUGCUGUUUAACGCAAAAUAUCUAUAUAUCUUACGUGGGUUUUAUUAUAUUUGGAGUAUUGUACGCGUUUACUAUUACUGUAGCAAGUGCUGAAGUUGCUCGCUAUUUGGAAGAAGAUAGUUAUGGAUUGGUAUUCGGAAUAAAUACAUUUAUAGCUUUGUUACUACAAACUAUUCUAACAAUAGUAGUAGUAUCUGAAUCUGGAUUCGCACUUAGCGCUAAAGGUCAAUACACUGUUUAUGGUACAUAUUUUAUAACUGUUGGCAUUAUAUAUUUUGUAUCUGUUAUAGUUGAAUUUGGUUUAAGCAUAAAUAAACAAAAGAGUGAUAACGAACUUUUAUGACAUUUAGAAAAUGCACAACAAAAUAAUUAUUAAUAUGUACUUAGUAUAUAAUAAAUAUAGUGUAGUGUA